AUGGCAACCACUGUGUGCAAUGAGUCAAUUGACCAGCUACAGAACCAGGUGACGGAGUCACUGGGGGCUUUCCGGAGUCAGCGCGAAGAGACAGAUCGCGUCGCCGCGCUGAAGGCAGCACAGAGACUGGUGAAUGCAUUACAGAAGCCACAGGAUUCGGUCUAUCAUCUGGCCUACUCUCCUACUCACGCCAUGUGCGUGCGCAUCGCCCUCGACAUGGACAUAUUCGCAACGCUAACGGAGCGUAAUGGGCCGGUGUCACUUGAUGAUCUGGCAGCCGUCAAAAAGGCCAGUCCAAUCCUAGUUGAACGAGUCUUGCGGAUCUUAGUUGGAAUUGACUAUGUUGGCGAAUGCGACACGCGCGUCUAUAUCGCGACUACGAUGACGCGUCAGCUGACUGACAGACUAAGUAUUUCUGUGAUCAAGUUUAUAUUCGAUGUUGGCAUGCCUACUCUUGCUAAGGUCCCCGAGUUCCUCCGCCGCCAGGACCACCGAAACCCACAGGGCGCCACUACAGGCCCGCUACAAUUCACCGAGAAGAUUGAUGAAUCGAUUUGGGCCUGGUUGCCACAGAAUCCAGAGAAGCUUGAUUAUUGCAAUACUUUUAUGGAAGGUGACCGUGGCGCGCGACCCGGUUGGCUUGAAUGGUUCCCGGUGGAAGAACGUCUUCUAUGUGAUGCUAAUCCCGACGCGGAAACGCUUAUGGUUGAUGUCGCAGGGGGUCGAGGCCAUGACCUGGCGGGAUUUUUGGCACGAUAUCCUGAUGCCCCAGGCCGUUUGGUACUCGAAGAUCUGCCACAUGUUUUGGGAGAGAGCACUAUUGAUGCGGAGCGUAUCGAGAAACAAGCAUUUGACCUGUUCAAGCCACAACCGAUUCAUGGCGCUCGCAUUUACUAUAUGAAGUUCAUCCUUCAUGACUGGUCUGACGAGGAGAAUCAUGUCAUUCUUACCAAACUGGCUGGUGCAAUGAAGCAAGGUUAUUCGAAACUGAUCAUCGAAGAGUUUGUGUUGGCAGAUCGCGAUGGUGCGAUGUUACCGGCGAUGUGGGAUUGGGAAAUGAUGAUCUUCUGUAACAGCAUGGAGCGGUCCAAGUCCCAUUGGACUCGCUUACUGGGAGAAGCUGGUUUCCGGGUUAUCAAAUUCUGGGCACCGCCUGGUGAUGGGCAAGGCAUUAUCGAAGCCGAACUCAAAUAG